GUCCUCCGCGCUACUCCGCCGGGUCCCGCCUAUUUUCUGCUGUCCUGGACCUUUAGGCAGGUCUUGGCCCAUUUGAAGACCAGGAAGUUGAUAAAUCGCGAGGCCCGCUGCUGAGAGACGGUGGCUCGGGUGGGACAGUCGCCAGGGAUGGCGGAGCGUGAGGAUGGAGCGGGUGUCCGGGCUGUUCUCCUGGACGCUCCCGUGGCUCACCGGCCUCUUUGAGCGGGGAGCUGCCCGGCAGCCCCGGAUCAUGGAAGAGAAAGCGCUAGAGGUUUAUGAUUUGAUUCGAACUAUCCGGGACCCAGAGAAGCCCAAUACUUUAGAAGAACUGGAAGUGGUAACGGAAAGUAGUGUGGAGGUUCAGGAGAGAAAUGAAGACGACUAUUUGGUUAUUAUCAGGUUCACGCCAACAGUACCUCACUGCUCUUUGGCAACCCUUAUUGGGCUGUGCUUAAGAGUAAAACUUCAACGGUGUUUACCGUUUAAACAUAAGUUGGAAAUCUACAUUUCUGAAGGAACCCACUCAACAGAGGAAGACAUCAACAAGCAGAUAAAUGACAAAGAGCGAGUGGCAGCUGCAAUGGAAAACCCCAACUUACGGGAAAUUGUGGAACAGUGUGUUCUGGAACCCGACUAAUAUCUGUUCUAAGAGCCACUUACCUUUAAUUGUUUGAUAUAUUUGUUUAAAUUCUUUGUAAAAUGUAAAAGACUCAUGUUUAAUACAUAGGUGAUUUGUACCUCAAGGCAUUUUUUUUAAUGGAUGAUUUGCAAGCAAGAUAUAAUUAUAAGCAGUACCUAGUUUGUUCAGUGGAUAACAUUCUCAGGAUUUGUAACACUUAAAUGAUCAGACAGAAAAAUAUUUUCUAGUAAUUAUGUGUCAGAUGACUUGCAAUUUUUUGACGCCUCUUCUGAUACAACUACUUUUCAUGUCAAAUAUUUACUGUGCCCAGAUGUAUUCAAUUUAAAUCAUUACUGUAGAAUAAAUAAAAUAGACAUGAUUCUUGUAAUGAUGUACCUUAGAAUGUUUACGUUGAAUUGUAAAUCUUAGGUAAAUGUCAACUCUAAAAGGUAUCUACAUAAUAAUCAGAAAUCUGAGAACCAGGAAGAACGCUUAAAAGCUGGCGUAGGCUCUGCCUUGCUUCAGGGAGUCCUGGACCCAUCUGUAGAUAAGGAUUGAAUGUGGAGCUGGCCAGAUAAUAUACAUAAUUUUGAAGAUCAAGAAAUCCCCUAAAGAAGUUUGGGUUAAACCAAACUAAAUUUAUGGUUUCUUCUUUAUUUGAACUUUGUUCAUUUGGGGGCUGAUUAUCAUUUGAGAUAUAACAGGUUGUGGAAGGCGGCCUCCGAGUGUUCCCCAAUGAUCUUCCGUUCCUGGUCUCCAUGCCCCUAUAUAGUUUCCUUCCAGAUUGAAUCAGAGCUGGUAGGUGUGGCUACUCAAGAGUCAGAGGGGACAGUGUGUGACUUCUGAGGCUGAUCAUAACAGGUGUUGCAUUCAUCUUGAUUUCUCGAAUCUCUCACUCUGUGGGCAUCCGGCUACCAUGUCAUGAGAACACACGAGCAACUCUGUGGAGAAUUCCACAAGGGAGGAAUUCAGGCCUUGCACCAACAACCAGCACCAAUUUACAAACCAUGUGAGUGAACCGUAUUAGAAGUGAUACUGCAGCCUCAGUCAAGCUGAUAUCUUGACUGGAACUCCACAAGACCCUGAGCCAGAACUGUCUAACUAAGCCCCCCAAAUUCCUGACCCAGAGAAGCUGUGAGCAAUAAUAAAUGUUUAUUGUUUAUACCACUAA